AUGGAGACGGAUCCCAAUCCUGAUGCCACCUUCCUUUGGUAUUCAGCGGAAGAGGGCCAGGAGAUGAGUGCGGAUGCCCAGGAAGAGCUAGGAGAGGAGCGGGACAAAGACUGUCUGAGAGAUCUGAUAGUCAACCUUUGCCCCUCCACCCUCAGGAGUCUGCAGGAUGUCUCGCAGACAGAAAAAAUCUUGAGGUGCAUCCACAGAGACGUGGAGGAAGUGUGCACGGAACCAGGGCAGGUCCUCCUGAGAUCCGUGCUUGGUCUGCUGAGCGAGUGCUGCCCUGAGGAAACAGUUCAGACCCUCUUGAGGAUCAGUCCCUCCUGUGACAACGCUGCGCUGGCCAUGUGGGAGAUGCUGCUGUCCCUGCCCAGCACUUCAGAGACAGUUCUUGACAGGCUGCUCGGUGUGAUCCAGGGCUGGAGACCAAUCUGUGCUAUCCCAUCUGCAAGCCAGGUCCUGUACAGGCUCAGCCAGCGGCCCCGCGGCCAGAGGAUCCUGGAAGCGCUCUUCCCCAGGCUCCUCAUGAGCUUGACCUACAAACUUUCCCUGGCUGCAGUGAUCCUGGGGCGGGAGCAGCCUGGGGCUGAUCAACCCGUCCCUUUCGGGCUGGCAGUGGAGGCCAUUAAAGUUCUGCUGCACGCUGCUGGCUGUCAAGGCCACGUCCAGAACAUCCAGGAGGAGGGCGGCUGGGACAUGAUGCUGCAAGCAGACACCCUCGAGAGAGGAAUCAGUCUGCUGGCCAGAGAGCUGAGGAAGAGCCCAGCUGAGCAGCAACGCCUCCUGUUCCAGCACAUUAAGGAGAUUCUUACUCACAGGAGGGAAUGGCAGACCAACUUUGCCAUGACUUUCUAUACUGAGCUGCUGGGCUGCCAGGGCCUUGGAAAGGACUGGAGUGACCUGCGCCUCCUCCACUCCUACCUGAGCCAUGGCACACAGACAGUCCGUCUGAGGGCACUCCAGGGCUUGGUGGCACUCGCAGGAGAUCCACAGAUGGCAAGAGAAAUGCGGGGCAGCUCUCUGGUGGAGAACAUCCUGGCGUGCCUAAAGGAUCCAUCCAGAGACAUCAGGAUGGAGGCCUUGCUCUUCUUCUGCACCAUGAUGGGCCAGCUGAAGAGGAAAGAGGCCAGCCCUGUCGCUCUGAUGCUGGUGGAGAAGUUCCCAGCCCUCUUUGGUGAUGAGUCCAGCCAGGUUCAAGAGCUCUCCCUCAGCCUCUUUGAAGACACCAUGAAGGCUGUGGUGAGCAGAGACAAGGCAGAGAUGAAGGAGGCAACACGCAGGGUUGUGCUCUCGCUCUUCCUGCACAUGAACGCUGAGAGCAGGAGUGUUGCUGAGGCCUCUGGCAAAGGCCUCCUCAUCUGUGCCAAGUUCCUGGGCUGGAGGAAGCUGAAGAGGGUUCUUAAGAAGCAGAAGACCUGGCUGAUCGGAGAGACUUUGGUGAGGACAACCCCCAGCUGA